GCAUUGCAGUUUUGGCAGAGAUGACCCGCACUCUCAAAGUGCAGGUGAUCAAGGCAACUGAUCUAGCCGUUAGAGAUUUCAUAAGCAGUGAUCCUUAUGUCAUCCUCACGCUUGGAAAUCAUGUGGAUGCGGAGGACUUCAGUCAAAAACAAUGAUCUUAAUCCAGUUUGGAAGGAAGCUUUUACAUUUCCUGUAGAGAAUACUGAUUCCAGCUUGCUCAAAGUGGAACUGUGGGAUGAUGAUACAUGGAGGCGAGAUGAUAAAAUGGGAGAUGCUGAAAUUGAUUUGAAACCGCUGUUUGAGAAACAAGCUAAACAUAAGAAAGUGUUGUCUCCUUGCAAAGAUAACUGCUUGUACAAAGAUAGUAGCAUUUUCCAGUAUGAAAAUGGGAGAAAGACCCAGGAAGUGUGGUUGAAGCUCCGAAAUGUUGAAUCUGGUAGCUUGAACUUGCAAAUGGAAUGGACCCUCCCCUCUACUUAGGAAAUAAAUCAUUUGGAAGGGUUGAGGGAUUGAAUUCAAUUGGUUAAUGUAUUGGGUUUUUAU